AUGGCUACUCUAAGUGUUUCGACACGAACGGAUGAGACGACUAUCCCAUACUUUCCCGAGGAAAGGGAAGGUUGGCAUGGAUAUAUCGAGUGGGAAGACUACCCAGAGAAACGGGAACAAGCUGCAAAGGUCUUGCAAACGCAUAAUUUUGCUCCACCAUCUGAGUUUCAACUGGUUCCAUUGCCAAAAACAAAUCCGAUUUUGGAGGGUGUUCGUUGGAAACAAUAUCAUGCAGCCCUUGGUCCAACUAUGGAGAAGAUGCCGGAGGAAAGCUGGAAUAUUGUCAAGCAGGAGAAGGCGGAGGAUAUGACGCAUGUUCUACAGUUUCCCUAUAAUGGAGAGCCCCCAAGAGAUCGUUUGAUCGAAUCAGCGGUUACACCCAACGAACUCCACUUCGUCCGAAACCAUGGCGGAAUUCCAGAAAUUGACGAAGCGGCCUACUUUUUUGACGUCGGGGGACUUGUUAACGAGCCUAAACGGAUAACUCUCGCUGAACUUAAAAACGAAAGUCUGUUUCCGAGACAGAGUAAUAUCGUCACCAUACAGUGUUCGGGGACUAGAAGAUUGGAGCAGAUUGCAUUAUACCCAGGAGAAGGUGACGAGCUUAUAAAUGCUCCUUGGGCAGAGGGCGCGAUUGGAACAGCAAAAUGGACCGGCGUAAGCUUGAAGAAGGUAAUCAAAUACUGUGGUGGACUGAAGCCGGAAGCAAAACAUCUAGAGUUUAUUGGUGCGGACACGUAUUUCAAAAAAGGCCAUGUCUCCAACUACGGCAUUUCGGUACCGUGGAGAAAGGUUAAAAUGAACGAGGUUCUCCUAGCAUGGGAGAUGAACGAUAAACCGUUACCAAAGAUUCAUGGGUUUCCCUUAAGAACCGUCACCUUCGGUUACAUUGGAGCAAGAUCCUGCAAAUGGCUCACCAAAGUCAACGCUCUUCCGGAACCCAGCAAGAACGUUGUCCAGCGCAAAGAAUAUCUCUACUACAAUCAACAAAUUGGCAAACACAAUACGACUUAUAGCUCUGGCUUUUCAAUCCAAGACAUGCCCGUAUCUAGCGCCAUGAUGACCCCAACCGAUAAAGCUGUCAUUGUGCACGAUGGUAAAAUUACAGUCAAAGGUUGGGCUUAUAGUGGUGGAGGACGGUGGCCGCAGAGAGUGGAGGUCUCAGGUGACGGAGGUUCUGUAUGGUAUGAAGUACCAUGGGAGAAUUUGAGCAAAAAGUAUUAUCACGCGUGGAGACUCUGGUCUAUCGAUUUGCCGGUAGAUGCAGAAGGUUGGCUGGAAUUUGUGUGCAGAUGCUGGGAUAAUUCACUCAACACUCAGCCAACAUAUGUCCGUUCAGCAUGGAAUUGGGAUCUCCAUGUGACAUCGAGCUGCCAUCGUCUUUUUAUUUAUAGCGUUAACAAAAAUAAAUUGCCAACGGCAAUGCGACUUGCACAGCUGGAGAAAAAAGGGAUACCGUUGACACCAAUCACCUUACCGUUAGAAUUUGAUAUCGAAGAUGAUGAGCACUAUUUAGAGGUUUUAGAAAAGCAAGGGCCAAGAGAUCCCGAGGAAUAA